UCUCCCUGUUUGGCUCCUCCCAUUUCCCCCUCACCGGAUGUCAUGGGCUGCCUUGGUCUCCAAGCUCUGCAAACCCCUGACUCAUGCCGUGCCGCUGCCGUCCCCCUUUCUCUCCCUCUCUAAACAUUAGGUCACUCCCUUCCUCCUCUUAACCUCCAUAGCCUUCUUUCCCAAUCUCUCCUUCCUCCUUCCGUCUCUAUCUCUCCUCCGUGCCCUUCUCACCAAAGCUCACUCCUUUUCUGCUCUGCUUUCAAGUUUCAGGCCACUGAAAAACCCCACCUUUUGUUUGUUUCUCGAUUUUCCGCUUUUUGGGGUUUCUUCGUCGUCCUCGCCGUCAAUGGCAUUUCAAUCUCCUGUGUCGAAAGCCGCCGCCAUUGAAACCAGCUGAGAGUGACAGACCCAGUUCGUCUUUUUGAGUUUGGUCUAGGUUUUACAGCAACCCUAGCUCUCUCUCUUCAUUUCCAGUUUUGGGCAGUUUUUUUCUUUCUUUCUUUUGGAGGCUGUUUGGCUCCCGGAACUUCCGCCCCUUGAGUAUACUAGCAACGGUAAUGUGAUAAAAGGGGGCUUCUUGUUCUGUGAAUUUGGGCCUCUCUAGAUAAUAGAGAUGAUGACGAAUACUCAUAGUUUUGUGUCGUGGGAGGAGCACACUCUGUGUCAAGAGCGCGGUAGCCGUGUGGUCCAUUACUACUUGAAGGAGGCAUCCGGGGAAUUAGUGCUCGCUGUUAUAGGGACUGAGAGGAGUAUAAGGCACAUGCUGUAUGUUCUUUCAGAUGAGUUCGUGAAGACUUACAAGUCCAAGGGAUUCAUUAAUGUAUGUACCAAAUGGAGAGCAAGAAGAGAAGUUGUAGAAUGGCUUACUUCCUUGGUCUCGAGACGUUGCUGGUCGGAGGUUUCAGAUUCACCAACAGAUGAAACAACACAACCAUUGCCAAUUACUGGACUCGGUGCUCGCCAAACUUAUAUGCCUGAUCAGAUGGUUCCAAGGAAAUUGAAAGUUCACAAUUCAGACAUUGAAUGGUCUGGUAUUGCCUGGAUUUGUGCCAAACAGCUCAAGCAUUACCCUGCAUUUCACAGGAAUGGAGCUACCAUUUCUGUCCAUUCCUUUGUCUUUGUAUUGGCUUUGGAAGAAGAAAGCCACUACCUAGGUUACGUGGAAGACAUGUAUGAAGACAAGAAAAGUCAGAAAAAGGUUAAAGUGCGUUGGUUUCACCACACUUGGGAAGUCACGGGUGUAAUCCCUGAUCUGAAUCCACACCCCAGAGAAGUUUUUAUCACACCUUAUGUUCAGGUGAUCAAUGCUGAGUGUGUUGGUGGUCCUGCAACAGUUCUGACUCCUAAGCACUACGAAAAAUGCUUAGCUGUUGUAGCUCAUAAAUCUUCCUCUGGAAUCCUUAUGUGCUUUCGGCAACUUGGGGACUACAAGGUUAAGCCCUUCAGUCUUGCUAAAUUGCGGGGGUAUUCUAAUCAAGCAAUUCUGUCUUCUCUAGAUGUCUACAUCUCCAAGCAAAAAGCCAAAGCGAAGUACCAUAAAUUAUGUGAUGAAGAUGAGGUAGAGUUAGCACCUGAUGAUCCUCUGAGGAUGAGCCUUAAGAGAAACAGAACCAGCAAGGCGAAUCAGGGACAUUGUGGUGUUAAAAAUUUGGUCACUGGGAAUCAUUUACCAAAUUGCGUUCCAACAUACCCAAAGUUGAAAUUAAAAUUAUCAACGAAAACCAUGGGAGUUAAGAUUGCUGGAUCGGAGCCCAUACGCCCAGUUUCUUUUAAGGUUGGUGAAAAGAUGGAGUUGCUCUGUCAGGAUAGUGGCAUACGAGGAUGUUGGUUUAGGUGUCAGGUCUUGCAGACAUCUCAAAAGCUUCUCAAAGUUCAAUAUGAUGAUUUGCAAGAUGUGGAUGGAUCUGGCAAUCUGGAGGAAUGGGUCCCUGCCUUUAAAGUUGCUGCUCCUGAUAAAUUAGGCAUGAGAUACUCAGGCCGCCUGACAAUCCGACCCUGUCGUCUCAAUGAUUCUACAGAGGUUUGUUUUGAGGUUGGAGUAGCAGUUGAUGCGUGGUGGUGUGAUGGCUGGUGGGAAGGUGUUGUUACUGGAGUUAACAUUUCUGGGACUGAUAGUAUACAAGUCUACUUCCCUGGUGAGAAGAAGCUUAUGAGUUUCCCGAGAAAGGAUGUUAGGGCUUCCAGAGACUGGGUUGAGAACAGAUGGGUUGAUGUGAAGGCAAAGCCUGAUGUAUUCUCAUACGUAUCUGAAAAUAUCAGUUCUAGCACGAAGCUCUUAUCAGUCUCUUCUAGCUCUAUGGCAAAAGCUUCUUCUAAACUUGAAGCUGUUGAAGAGAAACAGGAAUCACCAGAUUUAGCCCCACUGGAUGAGGAGUUGGGAAAGGUGACGAGAAUGAAUAUGCGGAAGUGGCCUUGUACCAGUAAUGAAGACGAGAUUAACAAUUCAAGCGAUGGCAAUGGCGGUGAUGAUUGUGCUUGCAACAAAACUGAGAAAUGUGAAACACUAGAAGCCACAGAAGUGGCUGCACAUGGCUGAGGUCGAGAAUUUUGACCUUGCUGAUAGGAUCUUGGAAGGUUUAGGUACAUGGUUCUUGUAGAUAAGACGAACCGUCGGCAGAGGGGAAAAAGGGAAAAGAACUAUCAAGUUUCUAACAUCAUGAGAAUUGGAAGCUGUACAGCUUUAUAUCUGAUAGAUUCAAGUUUUUUUUUUGGAUAUGAACAAGUGCUCCAAGUAAAUGUGAUCCAAUGGUGAGCAGGUGUUGGGCUAUUAACUCGCAGGAGUAAUUGGUGUGUGCUUUUGCACGCAUGCCUUGUGUAGCAACUUCUGAAAAUUUCCCUAUAUAUGUAUCUUAAUAGUAUCUUUUGAGUCCUAGUUUUCUGUCUUCGGAACUAAUUGUAAAGCUUAUAAAGAUUAAGACAUCCUUAACUUAAUUAGAUGCACUUAACUG